AGCUUGUACAAAAAAUCUAUAUAUAUAUUCGUGACAGAAUUAUGGGUUACUAUGACUGGCAGUUAAAGAAAGGAGACAUUAUUUCAAGGCUUUUGGAAUUGAGAGAGACUGAUCCAAAGUACUUGAGACAGUGUUCGGAAAAAAAAAAAAAAAACCCUAAACCCGCCUUGGCGCUAGGCGCCCGCCUUGGUCCUUUUAUUUUAUUUUAUUUUUAUAUUAUUUUUAUUUUUAUUGACUUUAAAGAAAACCUGUCUAUAACUUGAUGAUCAGAGCAUAUGUGUGUACAAAAAUCAGUGCAGUGGAAACUCUUUCUUCGUUUGGGUGUUGAUGCUGCUGCAUAAGCAAAUUCUCUGCGAUGGCAUUUCCUGUAAUUGUCUCAGUUUUCCGUUCCUUGUAAAAGAAUGCACGAGUAGGGUUGAUGGCGGCACACAGGCCGGACCUUUUUAGUUCAAAAUUCGUUGAUUGGUAUGACCUCUGCAUGUGGGUUUCUGAAUAGUGCACGUACAUUGUUUGAUGAAAUGUUGGAAAGGGAUGUUGUUUUGUGGAACUCGAUGAUUAAGGCAAUGAGUCUGUUUGGGAAGAUGAACAAGGGUAACAUUAUUACUUGGAAUUCCAUGAUUACUGGGUUUUUUUCAAGGCCAGCCAUGGAACUUUUCCAUGAAAUGCAGAUCACGAGUGGUGUUAUGGUUAGGCCUCAUAAGAUCACAAUUGCCAGUGUCCUUGUAGCUUUGUGCUCAUCUGGGUGCAAUUGAUCAUGGGAUAUGGGUGCAUGGGUACCUGAGGAGUGCCUGGAGAGUGAUGUGGUCAUUGGGAUAGAAAUUCAUGUCUUCCCUCAAAAGCCCCUUUUUAUUAAUUUGACUUGCUUGCAGAAAUACAUGUCUAUAUGUUGAAGAAGGAAGUUCUUUCCAUGAUUGAACAUGAGGUUUCUGUUUGUAGUUUCAAUUGUUCAAACACACACAAAUACACGUGGACACCCUGGUGUUGCUAGCAAACCGAUAAGUGUUGUAUAUUGUAUAUUGUUUUAGGGUGUCCAUGAUAAAUAAUUCAACGUCAAUAUUUAUAUUGCUUUCAUCAUAAGUUAUUGUUGUUUGUUUAGCAAAUUGUACAUUUACUGCUUUUCAUGAUAUAAUAUUCUAGUUCUACUAUCCACUCAUCUAUGAUUUUUUGGGUGCAGAAAACUCUAGUAAGUUCAUUCGGUCAAUCACACGAAGCUGCUCCACCUCAUCUACAUUAUCCUGGUCUUCCUCCCGAAAAGGCCUCCUUAGAUCUAGCUCCAGAAGUUUUUCGAAAUGGACUCAUUUCAAUGGUGGUCUUUUUUAUGACAAUGGAGCAAUGGGAUCUAGAUGCCAUUCGUUAACACUAGGAAAGCUAUAUGCUUGGGAGAAAAAACUCUAUGAGGAGGUGAAGGCUGGAGAGGAAACCAUGAGAAUAUAUGAGCGAAAACACUCCCAAUCGAGACAUGGCCUAAAGACCGGGGACAAAAUUGGAGUUGAAGUUGAGGAGUUGCGUUCCAGAAUUUUGGUUGCCAUAACAAAUUCUGAAUAAUCAGUCUUCAAAAAAUUCAAAAGCUGAAAGAUGAAGAGAUGCAUCCACAACUUGUUGAGUUGCUACAUGGGUCUCUUGCCCACUUUCUGCAGGCUAAUGAGGAACUGGAAGAUAAUGUCAGUAUCUCAUGAAACCCAAAAGAGAAUCAUGUCUGAACUGAAAUUUCUCAAUUGGUCAUCCUAUGGAAAGUUCUCUAAUGAGUCACACCAGCUUGCUACUCAAAAGCUUGAAGCAGAACUUCAAAAUUGGCGUGCAUGCAUUGCAGAAUAUGUUUCUUCGCAGAUGUCGUAUAUUGAAGCUCUUCAUGGCUGGCUACCCAAGUUUGUUACCCCUGAAACUGAAUCUUACACAGGAGCUUGGUUUUCACUUCGACCGUCUAAAGUCAACAUGAUACUUUCACUUGAAAUUUGUCACAAUUGGUUAGUUUGCCUAGAUAAGCUGCCAGAUAAAGAUGUGACUUGUGCCAUGAAAAGUUUUGGGAAGGAUGUACAAGCCUUGAUGGUCCAACAAGGCAAGGAGCAUCAACAAAAGAGGAAGGUUGAUGGGCUUGCCAGAAAAUAUCCUAGGAAGGUUUUGGCAUUGAAAUAAUGAAAAGUAUUCUUCAAUUGAAGUUUUUUGAGAAGGAAAUGAAAUUGCAUGCACAAAAUGGCUUGACAAAGAUGGAUAACGAGUUGCGUGGAGAUGGCGAAACAUCAUACCAGCACGAAGGACACACAAAAUAUUACUGUGAAUGGAUUUCAGAAGGGGUUUUCGUCAGUUUUUGAAUCCUUGACUGAGUUUUCAAAGAGUGCUAUGAAAAUGUAUGAUGAACUUAUAACAUUUAGUGAGAAUGCAAUGAGGGUAGAUGACACAAGUAGAACCACCUGGCAGCAUCCGUGUUGAAGCCGAUGACAGUUGAAAAAAAAUUAUGUUUCAAGGGAUUUGAGAAUGUUAGGAACUUUUUAAUUUUUUAUUAUUACAUUUAUUUUUUAGGAAAUUUUAAGAAUUGAUUCA